AUGGAUGUUACCUUCUUGUUAAUUGGAAUUUUGGAGGAAAAGGUAGACAAGUCGGAUGAAUCACACUUUGAUAAUAUGAAUGAUAUAAUUCCUUCAAUAAUUUUGCGAGUAUCUGCUGUUAGAGACAUGAUUACCAAUGUUUGUGAUAUUAUGGAAGUUGGUGACGAUUUAUUUGUAAGAUUGAGUGAGGAGAAAGUACUUGCUUGGAUGAUUGCCAAAUCUAAUGCUAUUGUGGAACAAAUAACUGAGAAUGAUAAAUUGAGAAAUGUAAUUGUUUCUCCUCAAGGAUUCAAGAGAACUCUUAAAAGCAAGGAUGCAUCUGAUGAUAAAAAGAUUAGAAUGGAAUCAAUUCGAUUCCUCUCUGAAUAUCUAGAUAGAAAAUGGGUUGAGAAAUUGGCCACUCACUUUGAAGUUAUUGAAGAAGUAUAUCCAAGUAAAGGUGCUCUCUCUUCUACAACCUUUGCUAAAUCACCAAAAGCACCUACAAAUACAGCAGCUCUUGAUUUCCUAGAUGACUUGGAGGCUGUUGAAAAGAAGAGAAAGAGAAAAGAAGAUGAGGAAAAGAGUAAGAAAUCCAAAACACUGGAUUCCAGAAGUGUAGCCAGUUUGAAGAAGGUCAAUACCAAAGGUAUGAAAUCUUUGGAUUCUUUUUUCAAAAAGAAAUAA